CAUGUUCAGAAGGUCAAGGUGGUGAAUUCUUCUCCUUCAAUCUGUCUGGUGAGACUUCAAAUCUAAUCGGUUAUGGCAAAGAACGAUGGAGUUCGGUUCGUAUCUUGUUCCAUCAGAAUUUCUCCUUACAAAGUUCACUAUCCUCUCCAUUUACAACCUAAGCUUCCGUUCUGCUGUCAAACCCUAUCGUCAAAUUUAAACAAAACUAGAGAAACAAUCAGUGGUUUCAUCUCAUCAAUCAGGAACCGCAGAAAGUUUUCCCCCUUUCAAACUAAAUCAUCUCUACUCUGUUCAUCUUCUCUAUCUCUGGUUCGAUCCGAAGAAUCGAAUCAAAACAUAUUGGAAGUUAGAGAACCUCAGCAGAAGGCCCAUUUGCCGAGCCGACAUGGAAGAGAAGACGAGGAGAGGGUUUUGAUCAGUGAGGUUUUAAUCCGGAACAAGGACGGUGAGGAGCUUGAGAGGAAGGACCUUGAGGCAGAGGCAGCAACUGCAUUAAAGGCCUGCCGCCCAAACUCGGCCCUAACCGUGCGGGAGGUCCAGGAGGAUGUUCACCGCAUUAUUGAUAGUGGUUACUUUUGUUCAUGCAUGCCGGUGGCCGUGGAUACUAGAGAUGGAAUACGGUUGAUUUUUCAGGUAGAACCAAAUCAGGAGUUCCAAGGGUUGAUAUGCGAAGGUGCUAAUGUUCUUCCAUCAAAAUUUUUGGAAAAUGCAUUCCGUGAUGGAUAUGGAAAAGUUGUUAAUAUCCGGAGGUUGGAUGAAGUGAUAAAUUCCAUCAAUGGUUGGUACAUGGAGCGUGGCCUGUUUGGCUUGGUUUCAGAUGUUGAGAUUCUUUCUGGUGGAAUUAUUCGGCUACAAGUUUCAGAAGCUGAGGUCAAUAACAUUGCCAUACAUUUCCUUGACAGGAGGACUGGUGAGCCAACAACGGGGAAGACAAGGCCUGAAACCAUACUCAGGCAGCUAACAACCAAGAAGGGACAGGUCUACAGCUUGCUUCAAGGAAGAAGAGACGUGGAAACUGUUCUGACUAUGGGAAUCAUGGAAGAUGUUAGCAUUAUUCCCCAGCCUGCAGGAGAUACUGGUAAAGUUGAUUUGGUAAUGAAAGUUGUUGAGCGUCCUAGUGGAGGUUUCUCUGCUGGUGGUGGAAUUUCAAGUGGGAUAACAAGUGGACCUCUAUCAGGGCUAAUUGGAAGCUUUGCAUAUUCCCAUAGGAAUGUUUUUGGCAGAAACCAGAAACUUAAUAUCUCCUUGGAAAGGGGACAAAUUGACUCAAUAUUUCGCAUAAAUUAUACAGACCCAUGGAUUGAAGGAGAUGAUAAGCGUACAUCUAGAUCAAUCAUGAUUCAGAACUCAAGAACUCCUGGAACGUUAGUCCAUGGGAACCAAACUGAUGGCGGUAAUGUGACUAUUGGCCGGGUUACAGCUGGUCUCGAAUUCAGUCGACCUUUAAGACCGAAAUGGAGUGGAACAGCUGGACUUAUUUUUCAGCAUGCUGGUGCUCGUGAUGAGAAGGGGAAUCCCAUUAUUAAGGAUUGCUAUGGUAGCCCACUAACUGCAAGCGGCAAUGCUCACGAUGAAAUGCUUCUUGCUAAAUUUGAGAGUGUCUACACUGGUUCUGGUGACCAUGGGUCUUCAAUGUUUGUGUUUAACAUGGAACAAGGACUUCCUGUCUUGCCUGAGUGGCUAUGUUUUAACAGGGUGAAUGCCCGUGCCAGGAGGGGUGUAGAUAUUGGUCCUGCUCGACUUCUUUUGAGUUUGUCUGGUGGUCAUGUGGUGGGCAACUUCUCUCCCCAUGAAGCAUUUGCAAUUGGUGGAACAAACAGUGUUAGAGGUUAUGAAGAAGGCGCUGUGGGCUCUGGUCGGUCGUACGUUGUUGGUUGUGGAGAGAUUUCUUUUCCUCUGUUUGGGCCAGUUGAAGGUGCAAUUUUUGGUGAUUAUGGAAGUGAUCUGGGAUCAGGCCCAACAGUGCCUGGUGACCCUGCUGGUGCAAGGUUAAAAGCUGGAAGCGGCUAUGGUUAUGGGUUUGGUAUCCGUGUGGAGUCUCCUUUGGGUCCUUUACGACUGGAAUAUGCCUUCAAUGAUAGGCUAGCAAAGAGGUUCCAUUUUGGAGUUGGCCACAGGAACUGAAGGUGCGUGUGUUUUACAUGAGAUACCAGUUUCAGGCUGUUCAUGAUUCUUUGCUUUUUCCUUUUCUUUAUUAAUUUGUUUUUCAUGGUUAGA